GCAAUGGAAGCUCGGUCGUAGACGGCCGACCUUCAUUCGACGAUCAACCUUAUCGCGACCCUGCCGUGUCAUUCGGAUCCCGGGAAAGCCCUUCCUCUUCUAUCAUUAGUUGUUUCCUAGCUGUUUCCUACUUCCAGAUGUUUUCUGCUUUCUUGGCUCGCACCAACAAGGGUGGCUGUAGUACCCAUUACUCAUAAAGGCUUCGUAAUUGCCCAGUCACUCGAGUUCAUACCACGCGCUUCUUCAUUUGGGUGAUAUUUUGUAUUUCAUUUCUUCUGACGAGGCCGGUACUCUAUUCUCUACUUAUGUUCUUUUUGAUUCUCCUAUAAUUUCCUUGAAACUUUCCCUUCCUUUCUGGUCUGGUUCAUCUGGUUCUUGUUUAUCUGUAAAGCUCUCCUUUCUCCUUUUCUUCUUCUUAGCCGUUGCCUCUUCGACACGGAACUAUUUGUUAAGAUUUGUUUUCAUCACAAUGGAGCGAACACUCCUUUCCCGGGAGAAUAUCUCCUAUCCGUCAUCAUCAACACCACCACCGCCGCUAUCAUUCCGCACCUCAGACCCGACCGAGGUGCAGUUUCCCGUAGACGAGAAGAAUCACGGUGGACAAUAUGGACAAUAUCCGGGAACACAGGCUAGUUCUGCUGCCAACUCGAUAUACGAGAGCAAGGAGAACCACGCCGGCGACUUGGAGCAUGGCACCCACGAGCACGGGCACGACCAUGUAGAUAUGUACGAUCCAAACCGACCGAAGCUUGGACUCCGCCAGCGAAUGCAUCACUUCACAUGGGCGUGGUUUACCCUACCCAUGAGCACUGGUGGAUUAUCACUUCUUAUCUUUGCCCAAACGCAUCAAUUUCCUGGGCUUAGACAGAUCGGUUUAUUCGUGUAUAUCGUCAAUCUUAUCCUGUUCACAACGUUGACCUUUGGCAUGCUAUCGCGGUUCUUCCUUCAUCAUGGUGACUUUUACAAAUCUCUAUCGCAUCCUCGCGAAGGCUUCUUCUUUCCGACGUACUUCUUAUCCGUCGCCACUAUCAUUACCAGCACGCAACGAUAUGCCAUCCCGGAUAACGAUACGCCGCUCGUGUGGGCUAUUCAGUUCGCAUUCUGGGGCUAUGUCGUUAUUACCCUAAUUGUGGCUAUCGGACAAUACAGCUUCGUGUUCGCCGCUCACAACUUCGGCCUACAGACGAUGAUGCCAACAUGGAUCCUCCCGAUUUUCCCUAUCAUGUUGUCGGGAACUAUCGCCUCGGUCAUCUCUGAUACUCAACCCGAAAUCUCAGCUAUACCCAUUCUAAUCGCUGGUAUGAGCUGUCAAGGCCUGGGACUCUUCGUUGCGAUUAUGAUGUACGCUCAUAUGAUUGGACGUCUGAUGUCAGCCGGUCUUCCUAACCGCGAGCACCGACCUGGUCUAUUCAUGAAUGUAGGGCCCCCGGCUUUCACUGCCCUUGCAUUUAUCGGUAUGGCGAAUGGACUUCCGGAUACCUUCGAUAGGGAGAUGGACGGGUUCAUCGACGUACACUUGAUUAGGACUUUUGCUAUGAUUGGGGCCAUCUUCCUAUGGGCAUUGUCUCUCUGGUGGUUUGGUAUCGCAUUGAUCGCUGUACUAAGCUCGCCCCCUAAAUAUUUCCACUUAGGAUGGUGGGCAAUGGUCUUCCCUAACACCGGUUUCAUCCUGGCGACUAUUUCAAUCUCAAACGAGUUCGGGAACGAGACGGUGAAAUGGGUGACGACGGCGAUGUCCAUCUGUUUGUUGGCCACGUAUCUCUUCGUCCUCUAUAGUCAUGUGAGGGCGGUAAUUGUUCAGGACAUUAUGUACCCUGGGCGAGACGAGGAUUUCGAAGACCAUUAAAAAACACAUUAACAAUUAUUACAUUUCCAGAGGGGGUGAGAAAAGGAGGCUAUACAGUUAACGCGUGAUGUCCUUUUCCUCUUUACACAACACUCUCCCUUAAAAAUUAUUAUCUCUUACAUAGACUCAACGGUGUCCGGGCGGGCGCUAGGUUUGGUCGGACACCUAAAACAAUUGGCUGGUUUUCCUUUUGGCAUUUGAGAUAUCCCUAGCAUAUUAGAGAGGCGUGGUUCCUUGGUUAGCGCCCUAUGAAUACGUGGGGGCGGGCAAGGACUGAGCCUGUAUUUUCGCAUAAUAUAAAUAGUACGGUUAUAUAGAAUAAAAUUGUAAUGUUUGCGAAAUUCUAGAC